AUGGUGAAGAUUAGCUUGGAUAACACUGCUUUGUAUGCGGACAUAGACGCAACCCCUCAAUUUGAACCCUCCAAAACUACCGUGGCUGAUAUUUUAACCAAAGAUGCCUUGGAAUUCAUCGUUUUGCUACAUAGAACUUUCAAUGCAAGACGUAAAGAACUUUUAGCUAACAGAAGCGAUUUACAGUCAAAAUUGGACUCUGGCGAAUAUCGAUUUGAUUUCUUGUCUGAAACUGAACAAAUCAGAAAUGAUCCUACUUGGCAAGGUGCUAUCCCUGCUCCGGGCUUAAUCAACAGAUCCAGUGAGAUUACUGGACCACCAUUGAGAAAUAUGUUGGUUAACGCUUUGAACGCAGAAGUGACAACAUACAUGACCGAUUUCGAGGAUUCAUCAUCUCCAACUUGGGAGAAUAUGAUUUAUGGCCAAGUUAAUCUUUACGAUGCCAUCAGAAAUCAGAUCGACUUCAAAACUCCAAGAAAGGAGUACAAGCUGAAGGAUGACAUUUCAAGACUGCCUACUUUGAUCGUUAGACCUCGUGGCUGGCAUAUGGUGGAGAAGCACCUUUAUGUAGAUGAUGAACCAAUUAGUGCCUCUAUAUUUGAUUUUGGUUUAUAUUUUUACCAUAACGCUAAAGAGUUGGUUAAAAUUGGUAAGGGCCCUUACUUUUACUUACCAAAAAUGGAGCACCACCUAGAAGUAAAACUAUGGAAUGACAUCUUCUGCGUUGCUCAAGAUUUCAUUGGUAUGCCACGUGGUACUAUUAGAGCUACUGUUCUGAUCGAAACUUUGCCAGCAGCUUUCCAAAUGGAAGAGAUUAUUUAUCAAAUAAGACAGCAUUCUAGUGGUCUAAAUUGUGGUCGUUGGGAUUAUAUAUUUUCAACGAUUAAGAAAUUGAGAAACUUGCCUGAACACGUUUUGCCUAAUAGAGACCAAGUGACUAUGACUUCACCAUUUAUGGAUGCUUAUGUUAAAAGAUUGAUCAAUACGUGUCACCGUAGAGGUGUUCACGCAAUGGGUGGUAUGGCUGCACAGAUCCCUAUCAAGGAUGAUCCAAAGGCUAAUGAAAUUGCUAUGAACAAGGUUCGUAAUGACAAGAUCAGAGAAAUGAAGAACGGACAUGACGGGUCAUGGGUUGCACACCCUGCAUUGGCACCAAUCUGUAAUGAGGUUUUCAGUAACAUGGGUACAGCCAACCAAAUAUACUUUGUUCCUGAUGUGAAUGUUAAAUCAUCCGAUUUAUUGAACACAAAGAUCCAAGAUGCACAAGUCACAGUUGAGGGAAUUAGAGUUAACUUAGACAUUGGCUUGCAAUAUAUGGAGGCUUGGUUGAGGGGAUCUGGUUGUGUGCCAAUUAAUCACUUAAUGGAAGAUGCCGCUACUGCAGAAGUGUCGCGUUGUCAAUUGUACCAAUGGGUUAAACAUGGUGUUGUUUUAAGUGAUACUGGUGAUAAAGUAACACCGGAAUUGACCGCCAAGAUAUUGGAUGAGGAGACCACAAAAUUGGCUUCAACAAGUCCACUAGGUGAAAAGAAUAAGUUCGCCUUGGCAGCUAAGUACUUUUUGCCUGAAGUUACCGGUAAAAUUUUUAGCGAUUUCUUGACCACUUUAUUGUAUGAUGAAGUCAUUAAGCCAAAUGCUAAACCAAUUGACUUAAGUAAAUUAUAG